AUGGGCGCGGUAUCGGAUCAGCACAUAUCGAAGCACCGGUCGAGCCAGCGGCAAAAGCGGAGAGUGAUGCCGUCGCUGCGGCUGGCGCUGCUGGUGCUCGGGGUCGUCUCCGCCGCCUACGCGUGCCUCGUGCGCCCGCACUGCGCGCCCGCGACCCUGCCGCUAUCAAAGGAGGUACGGGCCUCCGCGCUCCAUCUCCUCCCUCCCCUCCCCCACCUCCCCCCUCCUUUCUGUUCCCACGCGGUCCCCCACGAGCUAGAGCUGCGGCAAUGGACGGGCGCAAGCCGAAUUCCCCCGAUUCGUCCCUUCCCCUUUCCAACCCCCUCUCACCUCCUCCCCCCUCCCCCCCAAUUUGUAACAAUCCGCCUGUACCUUCCCCCGUGUGCGCCCGCAGCAACUGCAGCUGCAGAUGAUGCGCGCAGAGGGGGUAAGGCUUCCCCUUGUCCCUCCCCCCUUCCUCACAUCCCCACCCCCAAAUUUGAAGUCUCCGCCCAUACCUCCCCCCAUGCGCGCCCACAGGAGCUGGAGCUGCUGCAGAUGAUGCGCGCAGGGGGAGCUGGAGCUGCUGCAGACGAUGCGCACGGGUGGGGGCGCAACGGUGAAGGUGGUGACGGUGGGAGAAGACGCGCCACUGCUGGAGUCAAACGGCUAUCUGCAGGUGUUUCUGGGCGGGGCUGCUCCUUGCUCCCCUUCCCUUUCCCUAAAUCCCUUGCUUUUUUCCGUCCUCACGCCCUUCCUCUCCUCCCUCUGUCUGCCCCCUCACCCCAAUCAGAGGCACCACCGCCGGAGUCAAACGGCUAUCUGCAGGUGUUUCUAGACGGAGGGCUCAACCAGCUGUGUACAUUUGACGCCCCUUUAAACGCGCCACUGCCGGAGUCAAACGGCUAUCUGCAGGUGUUUCUAGACGGAGGGCUCAACCAGCAGCGCAUCAGCGUGUGCAACGCAGUGGCAGUGGCUCGCCAGCUGGACGCCAGUCAAACGGCACUUACCUCCCUCUCUUCAUCCUCCCCACCUCCUUCCCCACCUCCCCCUCUCUCCCCCUCACCUCACCAGGUGUGCAACGCAGUGGCAGUGGCUCGCCAGCUGGACGCCAGUCAAACGGCACUUACCUCCCUUUCUUCAUCCUCCCCACCUCCUUCCCCACCUCCCCCUCUCUCCCCCUCACCUCACCAGGUGUGCAACGCAGUGGCAGUGGUUCGCCAGCUGGACGCCAGUCAAACGGCACUUACCUCCCUCUCUUCAUCCUCCCCACCUCCUUCCCCACCUCCCCCUCUCUCCCCCUCACCUCACCAGGUGUGCAACGCAGUGGCAGUGGCUCGCCAGCUGGACGCCAGUCAAACGGCACUUACCUCCCUCUCUUCAUCCUCCCCACCUCCUUCCCCACCUCCCCCUCUCUCCCCCUCACCUCACCAGGUGUGCAACGCAGUGGCAGUGGCUCGCCAGCUGGACGCCAGUCAAACGGCACUUACCUCCCUUUCUUCAUCCUCCCCACCUCCUUCCCCACCUCCCCCUCUCUCCCCCUCACCUCACCAGGUGUGCAACGCAGUGGCAGUGGCUCGCCAGCUGGACGCCAGUCAAACGGCACUUACCUCCCUCUCUUCAUCCUCCCCACCUCCUUCCCCACCUCCCCCUCUCUCCCCCUCACCUCACCAGGUGUGCAACGCAGUGGCAGUGGCUCGCCAGCUGGACGCCAGUCAAACGGCACUUACCUCCCUCUCUUCAUCCUCCCCACCUCCUUCCCCACCUCCCCCUCUCUCCCCCUCACCUCACCAGGUGUGCAACGCAGUGGCAGUGGCUCGCCAGCUGGACGCCAGUCAAACGGCAUUUACCUCCCUCUCUUCAUCCUCCCCACCUCCUUCCCCACCUCCCCCUCUCUCCCCCUCACCUCACCAGGUGUGCAACGCGGUGGCCGUGGCUCGCCUGCUCAACGCCACUCUGCUCGUCCCCGAGUUCGCCACCAACAUCUUUUGGCAGGACUCCAGGUGGGCGGCACACAGGGCGGCAGGUGGGCGGCACACAAGGCGGCAGGUGGGCGGCACACAGAGGGCAGGUGGGCGGUACAAAGAGCUCCAGCGUCUCUCAUCCCUCCUGCAAUCUCUUCUCAUCAAACCCACUGUUCCCUUCCCUGGUCCCAUGUACACUCCCCCUUCUCACCAUCAGUUCGCGGACAUCUUCGAUCUCGACCAUUUCAUUUCCUCACUUCGAGCGGACAUCCGCAUAGAGCGCCGUCUCCCCCGCCACCUCGCGUGGAGCACAGCGGCCUACUACGCCUCCUCGCCCUCCCGCCGCAACAAGCUCAUCCGCUCCGCACCCCUGCACGCCACCAAGAAGUGGUACCUCAAGCGCGUGCUGCCACGGCUGAAGCAGCGUGGCAUCGUGGCACUAACGCCCUUCUCCCAUCGCCUUGCCUUCACGGGGCUGCCCCGGGAGAUCCAACGGCUGCGGUGCCGCGUCAACUUUCACGCGCUGAGAUUCGUGCAGCCUAUCAGGGAGCUGGGGCAGAAGCUGGUGCAGCGACUGCAGGACCCCUCCCUGCGCCCCACCCGUAGGGUACUUCCCCACUCACCUUCUGACAGCACGAGUGCUGCUGUACUGGAGGAUGGCGGGGGGGAGAGAGGCGGAAGAGAGGAGGGGGGAGGCGAUUGGGACGAAGGUGCGGAGGAAAGUUGGGGAGUGGGACAGUCGCUGUCUGCUGACACGAGUGCUGCUGACGUGGUGGGCCGAGGGAGGAAGGGAGGAGGAAGUGAGGAGAGGGGAGUGAGAGAGGAAGGGGGAGGGAAUGAGGAUGGAGGAGGAGGAGAGGAGGGAGGGGGAGAGAGAGAAGAGGGGAGAAGGAUCCGGGUGGAGCUGGUUGGGGAUGGAGGGGAGGGCGAGGACUCGGGAGGGGAGGGACGAGAGGGGGGAAUGGGAGGAGAAAGAAGAGUAGGUAGGAGCGAGGGCGAAAAGGGGGAGGAGGAGGGAGAGGAGGGGGUUGAGGAGUUGAGAGGGGAGAGAGUGGGGGAGGAGGUGGGGGAAAGAGGCAAUGGAGAGGGGUUGGAGGAGCUGCUGUGGUGGGAGGCGAGGGCAAAGAAAUCGGAGCAUGGAGGGCAGAGGGAUGGGAAUGAUGAUGGGAGUGAGGAUGGGAGGGAUAAGGGACUGGAGCAUGGAGAGGAGAGGGGUGUGAGGGAUGAUGGGAGUGAGGAGGGGGGAGAGGGACGCAAGGAGAGGGGUGGGAAUGAGGAGGAGGGGAGAGAGGGAAAAAAGGCGCUGCAUGGGAGGGAGGGGGUGGGGAGGGAUAGCAGGAGGCGUUGGGAGAGGGAGCUGGAAGGAGGUGAGGGGGAGGAGGGAAAUGGGCGAUCAGCAUACAGGGGGAGCGAUUUUUCCUGGGAUUAUGAGGGAAGGGAGGAUGCAUGGGGUAGUGGUGCAGAGAGGGAGAGUGCGGGGAUUGAGCGUGUGAGGAGUGGGGAUGGGGCAAGUGAGAGGGGGCUGCUUGGGGGUUACAGACGCCGGCGAUUGCUGGAGCGAGUGGUGUGGGCCGAUGUGGGGGGGAGCGGCAAAGCAAGGGGGAGCGAUGUUGGGGGGGACGAAGCAGAGGGGGAUGAUGUGUGGGGGAGCGAGGUAAGGGGAGGCGUUUCCUGGGUGGGAGGCCAGGGUGAAGGGCUUGUUUUAGAGGGGCCUCGCACAGAGGGGGGGGAGAAGAUGGGUGAGGAGGGGGGCAAAGGAGGUGCACUGUGGUGGGAAGCGGUGAGGGCGCGAGUGAGGGAGGUGAGGGAGCUGUGGUUGCGCAUAGAGCACCGUGUGCGAGCACGGCUGGAGCAGUGGGCGGAGGGCAUGCGGCUGGCACGGAUUGGCGCCAUGUGGGGCGAGUGGAAGCACAUGCAGCGGUUGAGAGACGAGGGAGCUGAGGGGCGUGAGGGGAUGGAAGGGAGAGAGGAGCGGGAGGGAAGGGAAGGGAGGGACGGGAGGGGGUGGAGGGAUGAGGGAAAAGAAGCGGUGCAAGAGGAAAGGCAUGGGGCGUUGUGGAUGGUGAAAGGAGUGCGGAGAGUGAUUGGUGCGGCCAGGGGAUUGUGGUGGAGGAAGGGGAGGGAUGCAGGGUUGAAGGGGAGAAAGGUGGGGACGCAGGAGGCAGUGGAGGGCGGGCAGAGGAGGAGGAGGUUUCUGGCGAUGCACCUGCGAUUCGACCUGGACAUGGUGGCCCACUCGCGGUGCGACUAUGGGGAGGCGAGGGAGGAGCGGGAGCAGCUGAGGCGGUACUGGAAAAGGGCGUGGGGGGAGCUGGAGGGUAAAGUGCAGCACACCCCGCAGCAGCUGAGGGCGGCUGGCAAGUGUCCCCUCACGCCAGAGGAGGCUGGGCUGGUGCUGGCAGCGCUGGGAUUCUCCAGACACACGCGGCUCUAUGUUGCUUCAUACAAGGUGUAUGGCAACCCCAGUCGCAUGGCCGCACUGCGACGCCUCUUCCCCAACCUCGAGGAUAAGACAACGCUUGCCACCCCAGAGGAGCUGCGGCCGUUCCGUGGGCGGGCGUCCAUGUUGGCAGCACUGGACUUCUACGUCAGCACACACAGUGACGUGUUUGUGUCCACGUCAGCAGGGAACAUGCAUAAUGUCAUGGCUGGGUACCGAACCUAUUUCGGAGGCAGAAAGACCAUCAAGCUCAACACCCCUCUCCUAGCCUCGCUCCUUCAAACACCGAACCUAACUUGGCCGGACUUCACCCGAGCUGUGCGCACGGGCCAUGAGGGCAGGCUCGGACAGAUCAAGGCUCGGCGAGCCGACCAAUCACUGUACACAUAUCCUGCCCCUGAGUGCUUGUGUAGAGUGGAUGGUGAAGCAGGGAGAGAGGUAGAGGCGAGGAGAGGAGGGCUAUGGCGGUGGUGGUGGUAUGGGGAGCAAAAUCAGAAGCAGGUGAAAGUGCAGGUGCAAGAGCCUCAGCCUCCAUGGUGA